GAUGCCCAUGAGGAGCCCGGGCUCUGCCCACCUGGCCCCGGAUGGCGUUGGCACCAUGGUGAACUGUACCGUCAAGUCGGAAGGGAAGAAGGAGCCCUGCCAUGAGGCCCUCCAGGGCUCGGCUGCCGCAGCUGAACCCCAGCCCGGAGACCCAGCCCGGGCUCCCCAGGAUGCUGUUGACUCCCAAGCUCCAGCCCAGGACUGCAGCUCCCCUGAGAGCAAUGGGUCCCCGGAACCCAAGAGACCGGGAGCUUCUGAGGCUGCCUCUGGAAGCCAGGAGAAGCUGGACUUCAACCAACAUUUAAAAGAAGUUGUGCCCGCCAUCGAGAAGCUACUGUCCAGUGACUGGAAGGAGAGGUUUCUGGGAAGGAGCUCUGUGGAAACCAAAGAUGUCAAAGGGACCCAGGAGAGCCUGGCCGAGAAGGAGCUCCAGCUCCUGGUCAUGAUCCACCAGCUGUCCACGCUGCGGGACCAACUCCUGACGGCGCACUCUGAGCAGAAGAACAUGGCCGCUAUGCUGUUCGAGAAGCAGCAGCAGCAGAUGGAGCUGGCCCGGCAGCAGCAGGAGCAGAUCGCCAAGCAGCAGCAGCAGCUGAUUCAGCAGCAACAUAAGAUCAACCUCCUCCAGCAGCAGAUCCAGCAGGUCAACAUGCCUUAUGUCAUGAUCCCGGCCUUCCCCCCGAGCCACCAGCCCUUGCCUGUCACUCCUGAGUCCCAGCUGGCCUUGCCGAUUCAGCCCAUCCCUUGCAAACCAGUGGAUUACCCCCUGCCGCUGCUGCACACGCCCCCUGCCCCCGUGGUGAAGAGGCCCGGGGCCAUGGCUGCCCACCACCCCCUGCAGGAACCCUCCCAGCCCCUGAACCUCACGGCCAAACCCAAGGCCCCCGAGCUGCCCAGUGCCUCCAGCUCCCCCAGCCUGAAGAUGAACAAUUGUGGACCCCGCCCCCCCAGCCAUGGGGCCCCCACGCGGGACCUGCAGGCCAGCCCGCCCAGCCUGCCACUGGGCUUCCUCGGUGAAGGGGACGCUGUCACCAAAGCCAUUCAGGACGCUCGACAGCUGCUGCAUGGCCACAGUGGGGCGUUAGAGAGCUCUCCCAGUGCUCCCUUCCGCAAGGACCUCAUCAGCCUGGACACGUCCCCGGCCAAGGAGCGGUUGGAGGAGAGUUGCGUGCACCCGCUCGAAGAAGCCAUGUUGGGCUGCGACAUGGACGGCUCCCGCCACUUUCCCGAGUCCCGCAACAGCAGCCACAUCAAGAGGCCCAUGAAUGCCUUCAUGGUGUGGGCCAAGGAUGAGCGAAGGAAGAUCCUCCAAGCCUUCCCAGACAUGCACAACUCUAGCAUCAGCAAGAUCCUUGGCUCCCGCUGGAAGUCCAUGACCAACCAGGAGAAGCAGCCGUACUAUGAGGAGCAGGCGAGGCUGAGCCGCCAGCACCUGGAAAAGUACCCCGACUACAAGUACAAGCCGCGGCCCAAGCGCACGUGCAUCGUGGAGGGCAAGCGGCUCCGGGUGGGCGAGUACAAGGCCCUGAUGAGGACGCGGCGCCAGGACGCCCGGCAGAGCUACGUGACUCCCCCCCAGGCCAGCCAGCUGCAGAUGAGCUCCCCUGACGUCCUGUACCCACGGGUGGCAGGCGUGCCCCUGGCUCAGCCCCUGGUGGAGCACUACGUGCCCCGGAGCCUGGACCCCAACAUGCCUGUCAUCGUCAACACCUGCAGCCUCAGGGAGGAGGGUGAGGCCACGGAAGACAGGCACUCGGUGGCAGAGGGCGAGCUGUACCGGUACAGCGAGGAUGAGGACUCGGAGGGCGAGGAGAAGAGCGACGGGGAGCUGGUGGUGCUCACAGACUGAUCCUAGCGGGAUGGGUGGGCCUGGCCUCCUCCCCCCGGGAAGACCUGGCCCUCAGCGCAUGGGUGCAGCCAGCCGGCCUGGACUCUGUUGGUACUUGGACUUGG